GAUCAUCGGAAUUAAAUUGGAAAAGAUAAAAGAAAAGAAUAGAACGAAGAAAAAGAGAAUCAACACUAUCAGCCCAAGGCCCAAAUAAAAGCAAUAUUAAUUUAUAUUCAAACAAAAAUUAACUUAUCUUGCCCUAUAAUUAGAGUUUUCAAAUUAAUUAAUUAUUUCCGACUAUUACCCCAUAUGAUUGAACAUUACAAUGGUUGAAAACGAAAUAAAUAACUAAAAAGGUUGAAAUUUCUUUCAUAUGAAGUAAAAACGAUCGUGUAAAAGAUUUGGUUCGUUCGCAUCUCGUCUGUGUUUGCCUUUGCUUUGCACCUUGUUGUCUGGCCUUAUAUUUUCGUUUACGUUUGCUUUUUUAUCAGAUAUUUUUUUUUGUUUAAUUGAAAUUAGUUAUUUGCAUUAAAGUCUUUAAAACUGUGUAUAUUAAUUUGAAGUGAAAAUAAUUGAAGAUAAAAAAUUCCCAAAUACCAAAACAAAUGAAAUGCUACACAGAAAGAACAUCCUUUAUUUGGUUUCUGUUGUGUCAAAGAGUUCCUGAUAUAUAUGGUGCUUCGCUGGACAAUUUUUGAUGAGAAAUGCGUUCACAGAGCCCAGUCUUGGCGUAUUUAACAACAAAAACUCUUUCGUCCGGUUUGUUAACACUUUCAAAUAAUAACAAUAAAGACUACGAUCGAUCAACAACACGAACUAUUGCAUCUUCUUCAUCGCCAUCAACAACAUCGCAACAAAUCAAUUUAAUCCAAAUGACUACUGGUGGAGGAGUAAACACUAACCACAACAACUCCGCACAAGAUUCAACGAAAGUACAACAAAAUCCACCAUGUAAUACAAUACCAUCUACUUCAUCAAAUAACAACACCCUGGGCAAACCAUCAACGAUAUCAAUGACAAUACGUCAUAAUAAUUCUAGUUUAUUAAUGAAUAAUGUAAAUAAUAAUAAUACUUUAAAAACUGCUGUUAAUAAUACUAGUAAUAAUAGUAAUAAUAAUAACAAUAAUAAUAAUAAUAAUACUAAUAAUAAUAAUAAUACUAAUAAUAAUAGUAAUAUUAAUAAAAAUAAUACCAAUACUAAUAAUAAUAAUAAUAUUAAUAAUAAUAAUAAUAAUAAUAAUAAUAAUAAUAAUAAUAAUAAUAAUAAUAAUAAUAAUAAUAAUAACAAUAAUAAUAGUAAUAAUAAUAAUAAUAAUAAAUUAUGUCCUAAUAACGACGAAAGCAACACCAAUCCAAACUCAUCAAAACUCCAAACACUAGAACAACGAAAAUUAGAACUAGAAAAAUUACUCAACGAAAAGAAUUGGCUUCUUCAGCAGAUUCAUAAACAAGAAGCUCAAAUUCUAAAUGGUAGCUAUGAGAACUUCAAUUUAUUCGAAAUUGGCAAACUAAGUGGAAGUAUUGGAUCAACUGGUGGUGGAAGCGUUGGUGGAUCUACAAGCACUACAAGCUCAAUACUCCGACGAAAAGGUAGCUCGAGUUUAAAGCUUCCAAAAAGUAAUGCUCAUUUUAAUGGCAAAAGUAAUCGUUACACACUCUCCAAAUCAGAUUAUGAUCUCGCCCAAGAAAAUAAACACAAUAACAACCAACUUUCAUCAUCGGCUAAUCCGAAUAUCAUAAGUAUUAAAAAACGCCAAGGCCCACCCCAGAAAACAAAUUCAUUUCAUGAUAGCACAUCGGCCUCGGCUUUGAGUUUAACAAAAUCACCAUCAUUCGAAUACAAUGGCAGUAGUGGAAGUGGUAUCAAGUACAGUGUUGUACGUCCACCAAAUCAUAAUAUAAACAAUAUAAGCAGCAGCAAUGAAAAUUUGUCAAAUAUUCUUGGCAUUACACAAUGUGAUAAAUACUACUUGUCUCCAACAAGUCAAAUGUAUACCAAUGGUAACGGAUUCAUUAAAGCCAGUCAAAAUAUAAAACAAUGUCUCUCCUCACCAUCUCCAAUGCAUAAGAUUAUGAGUCUAAAUGAUACACACUCGCAACAAGUGCACAUGACAAGCGGUCAAAAUUGUUUGGUUAACCACAAAAAUGAGAAUCAACCGCACUUAGAACAAUACGAAAGUAUCGAUGCCUUGUCGCUGUCACCAUCGAAUGUAUUCGACCAAAAUCAGCAUUCUAAUUUGUGGAGAGCCCUUUCAAAUAAUGAUCGAUCUGCAUGGUGUGAUAAUAGUGAGAACGUGAGCGUGAAUCAAUUUCAUAGUUUAAAACCUUUGGCCAAAAAAAUUGUACCCGCGCCGGGAACGUCUGUACAACACUCUCCUGAGGCCCCGUCGCUAGGAAACUUUUAUCCAGUUGGUGGUGGACUUGUUGUUGGCAGCUAUCCGAAUGCAUUAGAGAAGUCAUGCGAUGAAUUGUCAAUCUCCUCGGUCAAUAGUGAAACAAAUAAAAAACCAAAAAACAAACAUUGGAUGGAAUCGUCCCUAGAUGGCCCAAUAAUUCGUCCACAUGUUUUGCAAACGACACCAUCAGUUACCGAUUCGAUGGCUCUUUGCCCUGAUCUGUCGCCGACCCUUAGCCAAAAUCCAUUGCAAUAUGCUUAUUAUAAUGUUUCAGGUGGAAAACUAACACCUACAGCUACAGUUGGAGCAGGAGGAAGUGGAAGUGGAAUGCUCUUAGUGCCAGUUUCCAAUCCAAAAUUGACAUCUCGGAAUCUCACUCAUGACCCACAUCCUCAGCAGCACUACCACAAACAGAAUUAUAGGGAGCGUACAAAGUUAUCAUCGCAAUCAAUGUCAAGCGGCAGCUGUCGUGCACCAAAGACAAAGUUAGAUGAGGAAAAUAGCCAUAUGAGUCAUUCAACAUCGUAUUUAAAUGUUGAUCCAUUCAAUCAUCCACAUUUUCAACAACAACAUCAACUAAAUGUACAGCAGUCCCAAUUAUAUCACCACAAUCAUUAUUAUUUUGAUAUACCCACCGGGCCAAUCCAACAACAAAAACAAACUCAGCAGCAAAAGUCACCAAAAGCCUCGCCAUCAUCAGCGUUACAACAACAGCAACAGUCACAGCCAAAAUUCAGUCCAACAAUUCAUCAACAGCCAUCCCCAGCGUUGUUAAAUGAUAAUUUUGUGGGAAACAUUCGCUAUACCACUUCAAUUGCCAACCAACCAUCUAAAGUGAGCAAUUCUAGCCAAACUCUCGUUCAAAAAAAUACCAAACCUCCCAAUUCGCUAUCCAUAAAUAUUGCACAACGAUUGUCCCCCGUAUGUGUGGCCACAUCACCAGAUAUUCGAAUUGAAUCACCGAAAAAUAUGACGGUUGUACAGCAAGCUACAUUUUUGCCCUAUAAAGAAGUGACAAAGCCCUUUGAGAUGUCAGAUUUCUAUAAGUACUCAACAAAGUUUCGUCAAAAAGAAGCAAAUACCGCCACUUUGUCGAAGAAUGUGACACAAAAUUAAUGAGCGAAAAAUGUGUAAUGUAAGUUUUAUUGAGUAUAGUACUAUUAACAUAUUUGCAAUAGAUUUUUCUGUCUACUGCCUCUUCUCUGAAACUAUUAUAGUUAAUUUUUUUUUUUAAUAUUUAAUUUAAACUUAUGUAUGUUCAAUACAUAUAUAAACGACAAUAUUGUAAAAAAUAUAUUUUAUCUAAAGCAAAAAUGUA